AUGAGCAACAAAAGUGCUCCAGAAGGUCCUUGCUCAGUGUGCAACAAACCGAAGCAGCCGCGUGUAUGCAGAGGAUGCGAGAAGCUGUUUUGCGUUGCAGAUUUGGAGAAACAUAAAGAAUCUUUACGCAACCAAGUAGAAAGUAUUGAACAGCAAUUCAAUGACUAUGAAAAUCAACUUCACCCGCAGCAGACAAGAGAGAAACUUCCUAGAGAAAUCAAACAAUCGGAAGCGGAAUUCAUUAAGAAGAUUCAAGCCGUUGAUAAAAUUGCACUAAGCAAUGUAGAACGAGCAGUGCAACAACGUGAAGAACGACUACAGUAUUUAAGCAUGAAAUUUAAAAAAGAAGCUAAAUCGGCAAAAGAAGAUGACCACUUAACCGAACAAAACAUUCGCUCUUUAAAAUCUCAGCUGGACGACUUCCAGAAGUAUCGUAACGAACUUCUUCAAAUGCAACUAAUUAAACCUAACCCUGACGUCGUCUCUCCUAUUGGAAUUAAAAUGCCUGAUAUGCAAGUACAACAUGCAACACAUGGUUCCACUCCGAGCAGAAUAGAAUCAUCAUCAGCAUAUCUUAGCAUGAUAUUUGGUGUCAACGAGGAUACUGAUCAAAGGAUAAAAUCUCUAUUUGACAAGCUUAGGUUACUUCCUCCAAUGGAUAAACGUGGAUCAAUGAGUGGUAACUGUGACUAUGAGACAACUCAAAUGGAGCAAUUUCUUGCGCACAACUUUGGGUUUCAAAAUUCACGCGGAAAACACAUAGUCCAUGGUGUUCGUUCCUUUGUAUUAGAAAAAUCUAUGAGAUCUAUGACACCAAGCAAAGUGCUGUCUUUCCCUAAUAAUUGGGAAAAUUCCUUCCAGAUGCAAGUGGCAGAAAUUCAAAGGUGGCAAUCUUCCUAUAGGGUUUAUGCGGACAAAUAUGCUCCAGGUAUGAGUCUCGACUUUCUGCAACGAGCUCUACAAGGUAAAAGCAAUGAUGGAGAAGAAGCUUUUUGCAUGAAGUUUGUCGUACGCAUUUCUACAUGUCCCAUCCUCAUGGAAUUCGAUGGCAAAGUUAUUCCUCGAGAAUUAAAGGACGAAUGGCCUGAUCGAAUAAAACUUGUAUCUGUCACUGGGAUUGAUUUUGCUGGUAGAAAACAUGAUGUGAACGACAUUAAAUGCUAUAUACCAAACUGGAGAGAAGUAUUUGAAGUUGACCACAAGAAAGAUAUGCCCGCAUUAAUGAAUGAGAGAGAUUUUGCACUAAGAAGAUCGGGAAAACAAGCUGAAUUACAUCAAAAGCGUGUAUUCGACGACCUGAAGCGUAUGACUAGACUUAGACUUCGUGCAUGCGAUGAAGAAGGCGUUCAGAUCGUCGUUGAAACAGGCAUUGGCUUAGGGGUAUUUUCUGGUAGACAACUUGGAAUUGAUUCUAUAGUACGACAAUUAUCUGCACGUGCUGUUCAAGAAGUACUUGAAAAAGAUGGUCCGUCGUACAAAAACAUUCAGGCUGUUGUAUUUGCUCUGCCUGUAUUCGAAAUAGCUACACCAAGCGGAUUUAUCUAUGAUACUUUUCAAAGUUUUACUGAUCAGUUCACAAACUAUCCAUACCAAGGUCGUAUUCCAGUAUUCAUUGCUGAUCAGGACAUGCAUCGGCUAACUGUUGCCAUUGCUCGACGUGGCUAUAUUGUGUCUGAAUUGAAUCCAGCAGAUUCACACGGUGUAUUCGGUGAAUAUUGGCAAAAUCGAGGACCAGCUGUAGAAGAAAAGCUCGCAUUAACCACAGUUGGUCUCCUCGUGCAACAUCACUUGAUUAAUGAAGAAGUCAUGAAUACAAAACUUUACAAAUUAAUUGAUAUUCAUACGCAAUAUUAG